ACGUAAUUGAGGAGCCUGCAUGUGAGACUGGAAGGAGGGAUUUAAAGCAACUUUUCUCUUCUGCUCACUCCUUUCCAGCAAGAGGAGAACCAAGUCUGCAGCAGGAAAUAACAUCAAGGUCCCGAGAAUGAAGAUUGCAGUCAUCGGUCAGAGCCUGUUCGGCCAGGAGGUUUACAAGGAGCUGAGGAAGGACGGCCACACCGUUGUUGGGGUUUUCACUAUUCCAGACAAGGACGGCAAGGCCGACCCGCUGGCCACGGUGGCAGAGAAGGAUGGCGUCCCUGUUUUUAAGUUCCCCCGUUGGCGAGUGAAGGGUCAGGCCAUCCCAGAGGUGGUGGACCGGUACAAGGCUACAGGAGCAGAACUCAAUGUCCUGCCCUUCUGCUCCCAGUUCAUCCCCAUGGAGGUCAUUGACCACCCCAAACAUGGCUCUAUUAUCUACCACCCCUCGCUGCUGCCUCGCCACAGGGGAGCCUCGGCAAUCAACUGGACCCUCAUCCACGGAGACAAGAAGGGAGGCUUCACGGUGUUCUGGGCUGAUGAUGGACUUGAUACGGGACCGAUUUUGCUGCAGAGAGAGUGUGACGUUGAACCUAAUGACACGGUCAACACAAUCUACAAGAGAUUUCUCUUCCCAGAGGGCAUCAAAGGCAUGGUAGAAGCGGUCCGGCUAAUCGCCAAAGGGAAGGCCCCAAGGAUCACACAACCUCAAGAGGGAGCCACUUAUGAGUGCAUUCAGAAGAAAGACAAUUCGAAGAUUGACUGGAACCAGUCGGCUGAGGCCAUUCACAACUGGAUCAGAGGAAAUGACAAAGUGCCUGGGGCCUGGGCAGAGCUUGAUGGACAGAAAGUGACUUUCUUUGGCUCCACUCUGGUGGACAACGGCACUGCGGCCAAUGGCCAGCCUCUGGACAUUCCUGGAGCCAGCCAGCCCGGCAUCGUCACCAAGUCUGGUCUGGUGCUGUUCGGAAAUGACGGCAAGACGCUGCUGGUGAAGAAUCUGCAGUUUGAGGACGGCAAGAUGAUUCCAGCAGCCCAGUACUUCUGCUCCGGGGGCAGCACAGCUGUGGAGCUCACCGAAGAAGAGAAAAGCUUCGCUGAGCAGAUGAGGGCGGUAUGGAAGAGUAUCCUGACGAAUGUCAGCCAGAUUGAAGACUCCACAGAUUUCUUCAAGUCUGGUGCAGCUUCAAUGGAUGUGGUGAGGCUUGUUGAGGAAGUGAAGCUUCGCGCCAGCACCUGCCAGCUGCAGAACGAGGACGUCUACAUGAACACCACCUUCCAGGAUUUCAUCCAGAUGUGUGUCAGGAAACUACGAGGGGAGGACGGGGAGGAAGAGCUCGUGGUUGACUAUGUGGAAAAGAACAUCAACAACAUGACGGUAAAGAUCCCCCAUCAGCUGUUUAUCAACGGAGAGUUUGUGGAUGCAGAUGGCGGAAAGACCUACAAGACCAUCAACCCCACUGAUGGCACGGCCAUCUGUGAAGUGUCUCUGGCCCAGAUCAGUGAUGUGGACAAAGCAGUCGCUGCUGCUAAGGAGGCGUUCGAAUCGGGGGAGUGGGGCAAGAUGAACCCAAGGGACAGAGGAAGACUCAUCUACAAACUGGCGGACCUGAUGGAGGAACACCAGGAUGAGUUAGCUACUAUUGAAGCUAUGGACUCUGGAGCCGUUUACACUUUGGCCCUCAAGACUCAUGUGGGCAUGUCCAUCCAGACGUUCCGUUAUUUUGCUGGCUGGUGUGACAAGAUCCAGGGCAGCACCAUUCCCAUCAACCAGGCCAGACCCAAUCGUAAUCUGACUUUCACCAAGAAGGAACCAAUUGGAGUGUGUGCCAUUGUGAUUCCGUGGAACUAUCCGCUGAUGAUGCUGGCGUGGAAGACCGCAGCCUGCCUGGCAGCAGGAAACACCGUCGUCCUCAAACCAGCUCAGGUCACUCCGCUUACAGCGCUCAAGUUUGCUGAACUGGCAGCAAGAGCGGGACUGCCCAAAGGGGUGGUUAACAUUCUGCCUGGUUCAGGCGCUCUGGUGGGCCAGCGUUUGUCUGACCAUCCUGACGUGCGAAAGCUGGGCUUCACGGGUUCUACAGAAAUCGGCAAGCACAUCAUGAAGAGCUGUGCAGUCAGUAAUGUCAAGAAGGUUUCCUUGGAGCUCGGAGGAAAAUCCCCUCUCAUCAUCUUCGGUGACUGUGACAUGGACAAGGCUGUGCGCCUGGGCAUGAGCUCCGUGUUCUUCAACAAAGGAGAGAACUGCAUCGCAGCUGGCCGGCUGUUUGUGGAGGAGACCAUCCAUGACCAGUUUUUGACAAAAGUGGUAGAGGAGGUUAAGAAGAUGAAGAUUGGCGAUCCGUUGGACCGCUCCACAGACCACGGCCCUCAGAAUCACAAAGCCCACCUGGACAAACUCUUGGAGUUCUGUCAGAUGGGAAUAAAGGAGGGAGCCACCCUCGUCUACGGAGGAAAGCAGGUCCAGAGACCCGGUUUUUUCUUUGAGCCCACGGUGUUUACUGAUGUGCAGGACCACAUGUACAUCGCUAAGGAAGAGUCAUUCGGUCCCAUCAUGAUCGUUUCCAAGUUCAAGACCGGAGAGGUGGACGACGUCCUGAGGAGAGCCAAUGCUACGGAGUACGGACUGGCUUCAGGAGUUUUCACCCGGGACAUCAGCAAAGCUCUGUAUGUGAGCGAGAGGCUCAACGCCGGCACUGUCUUCAUCAACACCUACAACAAAACAGAUGUGGCCGCGCCCUUUGGAGGCUUUAAGCAGUCCGGAUUUGGCAAAGACCUGGGUCAAGAGGCCCUGAAUGAAUACCUGAAGACAAAAGCAGUGACCAUCGAGUAUUAAGCUCCCUUCCAGCAGAGGGCAGCAUCUCCGGAAGACUUCUCAGUGGCUGGAUGCAGACGUAAUGAUACUGACUACUCUGGUUGUGCCUCAACAAGCUAACCAAAUCAUGUAAAUGUAUCUAAUCAUUCACUCCUUUGCAACUGAGCCUUUGCGUAAACUACAAGAACUUUGAUCCUGAUCUGUCUGGAGAAACUCUGCAAUCACUGUGAAUUCACUCUGGAGAUGGAAGAAUAAGGAUCUUCCAAAAAAAAAUAUCUUCUUUUAUUAUGUUGUUGUUAAAAUGAGACCAGAACCAUUAUGAAUGUAACAUUCCCAACAAACCUUGAACACAAAUAAAAGCUGUUAAACAGCC